AUGGGUCGUCACAGUUCUCGCUUUGGUAAGAAGAGUAAGUUGAACCCUCGCUUCAUCGGACCAUUCGAAAUCUUGAAACGUAUUGGGCCAGUGGCAUAUCGUUUAGCACUACUGCCAAAUUUAUCUAAAAUUCAUGACGUUUUCCAUGUAUCAAUGUUACGAAAGUACGUGCAAGACCUUUCGCAUGUUUUGGAAAGCGAACCACUUCAAAUUCGCCAAGACUUGACAUAUGAAGAGGUACCAGUGCGAAUAGUAGAUAGGAAAGAAAAUGAGUUGCGUAGACGAAAGAUUCUAAUGGUUAAGGUGAUGUGGAGCAAUCACCGGACACCUACAGAGGCCUCUUGGGAAUUAGAGGAGGAAAUGAGAGCAAAGUACCCACAACUAUUUGAGUGA